ACCCUCUGCCCUGACAGAUCAGGAAUGCCACCUGUUCUUGGGAAUAUACUUUAGAGAAAGGAAGGGCCAAAAUUACGACUUGGCUUUCGGAAACUGAAGCAUCAAUUCUCUUUUCCUCCAUUUGUCUGGAUCUGAGAAGCUGCAUUUGGAAUUGGCUCGUGGAAGCAGUAUGUAUGGCCGAAGUGCAUUGCUGCAGCUGGUAGCAUGAGUGGUGGCCACCAGCUGCAGCUGGCUGCCCUCUGGCCCUGGCUGCUGAUGGCUACCCUGCAGGCAGGCUUUGGACGCACAGGACUGGUACUGGGAGCAGCGGUGGAGUCGGAAAGAUCAGCAGAGCAGAAAGCUAUUAUCCGAGUGAUCCCCUUGAAAGUGGACCCCACAGGAAAACUGAAUCUCACUUUGGAAGGUGUUUUUGCUGGUGUUGCUGAAAUAACUCCAGCAGAAGGAAAAUUAAUGCAGUCCCACCCCCUGUACCUGUGCAAUGCCAGUGAUGACGACAAUCUGGAGCCCGGAUUCAUCAGCAUCGUCAAGCUGGAGAGUCCCCAACGGGCCCCCCGCCCCUGCCUGUCCCUGGCCAGCAAGGCCCGGAUGGCGGGGGAGCGAGGAGCCAGCGCUGUCCUUUUUGACAUCACGGAGGAUCGAGCUGCUGCUGAGCAGCUGCAGCAGCCCCUGGGGCUGACUUGGCCGGUGGUGUUGAUCUGGGGUAAGGACGCCGAGAAGCUGAUGGAGUUUGUGUACAAGAACCGCAAGGCCCACGUUAGGAUUGAGCUGAAGGAGCCCCCAACCUGGCCAGAUUAUGAUGUGUGGAUCCUCCUGACAGUGGUGGGCACCAUCUUUGUGGUCAUCCUGGCUUCAGUGCUGCGCAUCCGGUGCCGCCCCCACCACAGCAGGCCGGAUCCCCUUCAGCAGCGAACAGCCUGGGCCAUCAGCCAGCUGGCCACCAGGAGGUACCGGGCCAGCUGCAGGAGGGCUCGGGCUGAGUGUCCAGACUCGAGUAGCAGCUGUAGCUCAGCCCCCGUGUGUGCCAUUUGCCUGGAGGAGUUCUCUGAGGGCCAGGAGCUACGGGUCAUUUCCUGCCUCCAUGAGUUCCAUCGUGUGUGUGUGGACCCCUGGCUACAUCAGCAUCGGACUUGCCCUCUCUGCAUGUUCAACAUCGUAGAGGGAGAUUCAUUUUCUCAGUCCCUGGGACCCUCUCGAUCUUACCAGGAACCAGGCCGGAGACUCCACCUCAUUCGCCAGCAUCCUGGCCAUGCCCACUACCACCUACCUGCUGCCUACCUGUUGGGCCCUUCCCGGAGUGCAGUGGCCCGGCCCCCACGACCCGGUCCCUUCCUAACGUCCCAGGAGCCAGGUGCGGCCCCCCGGCACCACCGCCUCCCCAGAGCUGCACAUCCCAGGGCUCCGGGGGAGCAGCAGCGCCUGGCAGCGGCCCAGCACCCCUAUGCACAGGGCUGGGGGCCGAGCCACCCCCGAGGCACUUCGCAGCACCCCUCUGCUUGCCCAGCACCCCCACGCUGGGCCAGGCCUCACGACAGCAGUGGUUCUGGAGAAAGCUACCGCACAGAACGCAGUGGCUACAUGGCAGAUGGGCCCGCCAGUGACUCCAGUUCGGGGCCCUGUCACGGCUCCUCAAGUGACUCAGUGGUCAACUGCACAGACAUCAGCCUGCAGGGCAUCCACGGCAGCAGCUCUACCUUCCGCAGCUCCCUGAGCAGUGACUUUGACCCCUUGGUAUACUGCAGCCCGGAAGGGGAGCCCCGGGGGGAGGAGACUCAGCCUAGUGUGACCUCUCGGCCCCGGUCUUUGGACUCAGUGGUGCCCACAGGGGCAACCCAGGUUUCCAGCCACGUCUACUUCCACCGCCACCAGCACCACCACUACAAGAAACGCUUCCAGUGGCACGGCCGGAAGCCUGGCCCAGAAACUGGGGUCCCCCAGGCCAGGCCUGCCAUUCCUCGGACACAGCCCCAGCCAGAGCCGCCUUCCCCUGAUCAGCAAGCUGCCAGAUCCAACCCAACUGCCCCUUCGGGGCAGCUCCCCAACCCACAAUGGCCCAGGGCCCUCGUGGAGGCGGCCCUAGGCCCAGCUGAUGCCACCAACCCCAGUCCCAGCAGCCUCUUCCAUUUGCAGAAAUCCAGCCUCCCUGUUCGACACCCACAGAGGAAAAGGCGGGGGGGCCUCUCAGAGCUCACCCCAGCCUCUCAGCCCCAGGACUUGACUGCACACCCAGCUUGCCAGAUUUUUCCCCACUACAGUACCAGCUUGGCAUACCCUUGGUCCCCGGAGGCCCACCCAUUGAUCUUUGGACCUCCAGGCCCAGACAGGAGGCUGCUACCAGAAAGCCCAGGCCCUUGUUACUCAAGUUCACAGCCGGUGUGGCUGUGUCUGACUCCACGCCAGUCCCUCGGACCGCACCCACCCGGAGAGGGGCCUUCCGAAUGGAGUUCUGGCACCCCAGAGGGCAGGCCAUGCCCUUACCCACACUGCCAGGUGCCGCCAGCCCAGCCUGGCUCAGAGGAGGAGAUUGAGGAGCUGUGUGAACAGGCUGUGUGAGAUGCUCAGACCUAGCUCCAACCAAGAGCAUGCUUCGGAUGACUCGGGCCCUACCUGGCACAGAGUCCUGCUCCUGAGAGAAGAAAGGACCUCAGAAAACAGCCCUCUUUUUUUGCCAGACUCCCUGGAACCUCCAGAAGAGGAGUGGUGAUGGUGGGUGGCAGGUGUUCCCUGCUCCCAGCUCUGGAACUUGUGUGCAGAAUGCAUCUUGCAGGGCGGCAAGUCUGUGUCCAGCCAGGCAACCAGCUGCUACCUAUGUGGGCUGGCUCCCUUAAAGGCUGUUUUUUGAGAACAGGAAGCUAGAUAUGGGUAGACAGGUGUUAUAAAGGUGCUGCUCCU